AUCUUACCCCAUUACCGAAUGUCUAGAAAGCUCGAAAUCUACAUGUGUACCCGCUGCUUGUGCACUUGGUUACCAGAGCGUUCACAACUAAUUUAUUCUACGUGCCCGUGCGGAGCUUUGGUUGGUAACGAAUCCGGAGCGAUCGGUGAAUAAGUAGAUAUCAUUGUGUAGAGUGCAGUUGGGUACGCAUAGUUUUUUCCUGUGGGAAUAGCACCAGAUACUAUUGCACCCGGUUUUAUUAUCCAGAUAACGCAAAAUGCCGAAAGUGAGUUUCUUUGCGACGGAACCCAUCGGCGACAAACUCGUGACGGAAAUUCCGGGCGUGGGUGAAGUCAUCGGCAAGCGGUUGACAGACGCUGGCUUUGACCGAGCCUCCACUCUCUUAGGUCAGUAUCUGAUUUUGAAGCGAAACCGAGACAAGUUCGACAAAUGGUUUAAAGAAGUCUGUGAUGCCAGCACUAGGGAGACUGACAGCUGCUUCGAUUCUCUAGAUCAAUGGUGUUUGCGUUUCCUAUAUUAGUUUCUUGCAAGGAGAGUAGUCUGAUAAUCUAAGAUGUCACAAUUUAUUUAUUAACACUAGUCAUCACGCCGAUCUAUAUUUUUAUUAAAAUUUAUGUACAGAUA